UAAAACAUGAAAUAUUCUACAUUUUAGCAGAAAUACAGUUACCUGUAAGCAUCACUGUGCUAGACUAGCUCUGCAGAAAGGUUCAUCACUCAAAGUAUUUUUAGUUUAUGGCCAGGACGUCUCUGUGUACAGGCAACCAGUCCCAAAUGUGCUAAAUCUUUAAUCAGCUGUGGGCUGUGAGCACACCAGUGGGCAUGAAUCGCUGGCGGAGGUCGGUGGGGGAGAUACAGGCCAGGAGGAGACAGGUGAGCGAGUGUGAGCAAGCGCAAAGCGCCCUCAGCAAGGUAACCGCCUGCUACCAGCAAAUGGCCACCUGCUUAGGGAGCAACACAGAUGGGAGCAGCCUGAGAGAGGAGCUGGAGGAAACCAGGGCAUUGGCUCAUAGGAUAUGCACAGGGAUGCACCGGAGGCUUCUGGCCCUGCUGGCGGAGACAGAGCAAGUGCAGGAGGACCGGGAGCAGGUGGAGCGGAUGUGGGUGCUCUUCCUCUGCGCCCUGGAGAAUUUCCAGCAGGACCUACGGAAGGUCAGCAUCCUCCAGGAGACCUUUCCCCUUGGCCAACGCAAGGACCGCCGGGCCCUGGUCAACACAGGAGCAACUGGUGGAGGUUCUGAAGUAGCAGGUCGUGCUGCCACCGUACAGACACCCUGGGUAACAACAGAGGGUGAGAAGAAGCCAGACCUCAAGAGCCAUGUGCUAGAGAUUGAUGGCCUGCUCCAGGAAAUGCUCCAGAGAGUGAACGUGCCAUUGUGGUCAGUGGAGCCCACACAAAACGCCUGGGGAGAGGGCUGUGGAGACGCACAAGACGAGGAUGAUACUUUGGAAGAGAUCAUGGAGGUGGAGGUGGUGUCUCAGGACAACAGAGCUUCUGGCUGCUGCAAUCAUUCCAACUGCAAAUUAGGGUGUAUAUUCUGUUUGCUCAAUUAGAGCCAUGCGUUGAUUGGAAUAUUAAGAGUACAGCUCUGGAGGGGAGUCCAAAUUACUAUGGUAUGCCUUGUGAUAACUCCAGCUAACGAUCAUUUGUUGGGAUCUUAACAAUGUCCAUUUCCUGUUGCACAGAGUAGACCAUUUUAAAUGUGUGAAACACUGCCCCCUACCUGCAAGGAAAAACUUUCUUUGCACAGGACUAUUGAUAUCCCAAAUGAAAAAAACCUUACUGGUCACACACAAAAAAAUUCCCAUCUGAGAAAUUGGAAUAUUUUACAUGAAUCUUAUUCUUCCUUAAAUCAAAAGGGACAAAACUUCAGUUUGUAACUCAAAGCAAAAAUUGUCCCAACUAUAAACAAACUUCGGGCUUUGUUUGCCAAAUCAUCCUACAUUUUUUUCCUUAAAUUUGCUCCCAAGAAAGAUCCUAAGAAAAAACCUGUCAGGACAUGUUCUUAAACAGCAGAAACGAUCACACCUUUGUGCUCUCAAGUGGACGGAGUCUGUUUUUACCCAAGAACAAAGACAAUUAAGGAAACAUCAGUAAUGUCAGAAUCUUCAUGAAAACCACAUAAAUAGGUUUUAAGAACAAAUAUCUUAAGAACGGCUGAUGAAUGAGGCCCAAUGUCCUUAAACAAAAGGUCACAAGUUUUGGACCAUUUGAUAAGACUGUAGACAUAAAUAUCCUAGUCUCUUGGUGCUAGUAUGAUCAUCUCAGAGAAAGAGGACAAUGCAUGUUAACCCACUCCCAACCUGGAGAUGUGUGUUAGAACACAGACACAGCUCAAGUCUGGCGUAUUGUUUUCAUCCAUGUGUCACAGGUCACUUAACUUAGUGUAGUUCUAGUCACUCAGAUAAGAACAUGGUUCUACCCCUUUUUUGUGAACAUGGCAGUAUGCGCUACGCUUUACUGAACAUUAGUGAAUAAAUACACACGAGUCCAACUACUGAAGGUCAUUUUAUUCAGACAAGUUAAAUUCAACAUACAAAUACUGUACAUUAAACAGACUCAGGUUAAUUUACAUAAUUAUAAGCAAGGAA